GGGGCAGAAGCAAAGCUAGAAUUUGAAAUUUAUUAAUUUGGAAUUUUAGUUCUUUUGAGUUAGUUAAAUUUUAAAUUAAUUAUUUAUGUAUAAAAUUUGAACCAAAUUACUGAAUUCUACGGAAGCCGCUUCCUGCACUCUAGCUCCAUCCCUGAUAGGUGAGGCCGAAGAAAAAACAGAAAACAAUUCAGUAACUUGUCAAAUCAUCUUUAUCCCUCUUUCUAAACCUUGGUACGCUUUUUUUUUUUUUUUUUUUUUUUCCUUCAUUUUUUAUGAGGCAAAAGCCCAUAAAUCGAACCCAUAUUCUUUCUCUAGCUGCUAAUUAAGCUAGGACUUUAAGUCAUUGUAGCACGAGUAGGAGAAUAACCUUUUUGGGCUUUUCUUUUUUUUAAAUUGGUUCCCAUUUUUUGAACUAUCAAUAUUUUAAUCCAGUCCCUUCUGACUCUACAAUGAUCUGAUGGCCACUAUAAAUAUUGGUUUUUGGCUGUUCUCUUCUCCACCAAAAAACAACUCGAACUCUUCAUAUCCACUACUGCUAAGUCUUUAAAUCUUUCAAAUGGCUUCGAAAAUGUCUGAUCCCCUUGUGAUAGGUAGAGUGAUUGGGGAAGUUGUUGAUUAUUUUUCUCCAAGUGUUAAGAUGUCUGUUAUUUAUAACUCCAGCAAACAUGUCUAUAAUGGACAUGAACUUUUUCCUUCCUCAGUCACCUCUAAACCUAGGGUUGAAGUUCAUGGUGGUGAUCUAAGAUCCUUCUUCACACUGAUCAUGAUAGACCCAGAUGUUCCUGGUCCUAGUGAUCCAUAUCUCAGGGAACAUCUACACUGGAUUGUCACAGACAUUCCAGGCACUACAGAUUGCUCUUUUGGAAGAGAAGUAGUUGGGUAUGAAAUGCCAAGGCCAAAUAUUGGAAUCCACAGGUUUGUAUUUUUGCUGUUCAAGCAGAAGAAAAGGCAAACAUUAUCCAGUGCACCACUCUCCAGGGAUCGUUUCUGUACUCGCAAAUUCUCUGAAGAAAAUGAGCUUGAUUCUCCUGUUGCUGCUGUUUUCUUCAAUUGCCAGAGGGAAACCGCUGCCAGAAGGCGUUGAUGAUGCGCAGACCCAAGAAGGUCGACCAUUAAUAUCAUUAAUGUUUUAUUAAUCGUAACUAAUUAAGGUGUUGAUGACCAAUUAAGCUCCAUAAUAUUAAUGCAUGUACUAUUGAUCUUACAAGAAUCUCAGGGAUACAUGUGGAUUGUGGAGUGCCAUGCUUGAAUAAGAUCUAUAUAUGGGUUGUUGUUCCCCCUGUUGAAUGGCCAGUGAUUAAAGCAGCAUGUAAUAUUAUCAUCAUUGUAAAUUAAUGUUUGACC